ACAGACGUGUCAAUGUCAGGCGGAAUAAUGAAAGUGUUUUCUAGUUUUAUUGACUUGACACGCUUUGAACGUCAUAUAUUUUAGCCAUGCACUGUUAUGUAUCUCUUCUCGAACGCACUUGACAUGGUCACAUUACGAAAUGCGCCAAGACAGCUGACAUUCCUGGUGUUGUGGCUAAAUACUGUGGUUAAUCUGUGCCACGGAAAUGGGGCACUCCAUGAUGCUGACAACACGAAUCGCGUCCGAAAUGAACCUCUUGGAUCAGUCGAAGAUCCUAUGGAAGGCAUGGAUAUCUUGUCACCCUACAAAUUCCAUCAUGGACCUAGACAUGGAAAUCGCCACAUUCGAGAAUGCCAGAAAAUAAAGUAUGGGAAUUCAACCUAUUCUUUUGUGGCUCCACAUGGACUCCUAUCAAGGGAGAUUACUCUUCCAAUUGCAAACACAAAACUUGUUGUUAAGGAAGUAGGAGAAUACUGGAAUAAGCGUCGUGUACAUGGUCACGUGACAUUUGUUAACAAUCCUGUGCAGACAGUUGCAGUGUUAGAGCCACUUCAUCAGGGAACCUGUCAGAAAGGAGGCGCAGAGCGAGCAACGGUGAUCAAAAGUGCUGAGCAGAGAAACUGUCUAGUUGCAAUUAAUGCAGGGUUCUUCAAUACAAAAACAGGGGAAUGCCUUGGAAAUGUUGUCAGUGAUGGAAGACUUGUGCAGGACUCUGGAGGAAUUCAAAAUGCUCAUUUUGGAAUUUUAAAAAAUGGAAGUUUAUUUUUUGGAUAUCUAUCUGAAUCCUUCCUAUUGGAGACGGAUUUUUUACAACUUGUGGGUGGAGUGUUUUGGGUGAUACGAGAUGGAGAGAGCCACCUAAAUGAGAGUAUAUACCUGGAAUGUGAAGACACAGAGGAAACAGGAACAUUGCAGACAUUUGCAGAUGUUAACUCUGCCCGGACUGUGAUAGGUGUGGACAAGGAUGGUCGUGUGAUCAUUGUACAGAUGGAUGGCAAAACCCACAGUAAUGGAAUGACCAUGUGGGAGAUGGUGGACUUCCUGCUUACACUGGGUGUGGUUAAUGCCAUUAACCUGGAUGGAGGUGGAUCAGCCACUUUUGUUGUGAAUGGAACCCUAGCUAACUACCCCACAGAUAUCUGCAAACAUGACAAAGAGUAUCGCUGUGCCAGGAAAGUUUCCACCAUUGUCUGUGUCCACCAACCAGAUUGCUCACCAGUCAACUGCAGUGACCACGGUCAGUGUGUCCUGGGUCAGUGUGAGUGUGAGGAGUACUGGGAGGGUCAAGCCUGUGAUCGUCUUAUUUGUCCACACAACUGCCAUGACCAUGGAGAGUGUACCUCAGGAGGAUGUAAGUGUGAUAAAGGCUGGCUGGGUAAGACCUGUGACACUAGCUGUCCCCAGGGACAGUAUGGUCUGCAGUGCUCUGAGCGCUGUAAGUGUGAGCACGGAGCCUCUUGUAACUCCAUCACUGGAGUGUGUGACUGUCCGCCAGGGUAUACUGGUGCACACUGUGAUAAAGAAUGCCCGUACGGUUAUUUUGGCCGUCAAUGUAUCGGGGAAUGUUAUUGCCCUAAUGACUGUACCUGUGAUCCCAUCACCGGCAGCUGCCAAUACUCACUCAACAAAACAAGCCUCCUGACAGCUGCUACAUGUUUGAUGAGUCAGAUGAUUGCAGAGCGACACCUGGUGGUUGAUCAGCCAGAGCAGUACAGACUGUGCCUCAUUAGCAUCAUCCUGAUCAGUAUCCUGGCAGCUUGCAGCAUUGUCCUCAACAUCUCACUGGUCUGUGCUCAGUGCGUGUGCAGUAAGAGACGGCGUUCACGAAGCAAGCGGGUUUACCGGCAUGCCGUGUCUGAAGAGAGUGCAAAUGAGGGGGACGGGGAGGAUUCUAGUGGGGAGAAAAGUCAAAUUGAGGAGGAAAGUAGCUUUAUCACACGUCCUCCCCGAAGUAAGCUUGGCAGCAACAAGUAUGACUCUAUACCACUGAGUGAUUCAUGAGUGCCUGCUGUUUGAUUCACCAGAUCUGUCAAAUUAUCAGGAUGGUUUGAACUAAAAGCACCACUCCCACAAUACAUGUACCGAGUUAUUCACCAGGGUUGUGGAGCAGCGAGUUCUGCACCUACAAUAUAUGUACCUAGUUAUUCACCAGGUCU